CCGAGCGGCAACUGUUGGCAAGAGUUGACAUCCUCCACCGUUGUGUCUUCCCGCUUCACAGCUGCUCAGAAGCACAGUGAAUGGGCGCCAUUUGUGCCACAGCGGAGGAAGAGUUGAAAAACACCAAUCGUGAUCUUCUAACAGAUGCGGAGACUCCGAUCAUAGGCAUGGAUGCAGAACCUCUUUGGUUGCAAAUCUGUAAUGCGCACAAUGAGAGGAAGAAAGCUCUCCAGGAAGCAUGGCCAGACCUUGAGCCCGAGUUGAGUGCUCGCGCAGUGGUCAAAGCAGAUGUGAGGGCCAAAGAACAUAUAGAAACUCUGGCCAAAGAGGAAGCCAUGAAAAAGGAGACUGACAAGAAAAGCACUGCGACUCCUCAAGGCAGUCCAGGUGCUCGGACCCCAAGACCGAAGAUCGUCAAGCUGACCAAGGAUCAGGCCAAGCAAGCUCUGAGGAGAGCCGUUGCCAUUUUCGAGAAGCCUGAGAACAAGAAAAAGUUGCAAGAAGCUGUGGCAUCUUGCGGCGAUGACAGCGCUCAAAAACUUGCUACCUUGCUGCCAGUGGUGAAAGCCAUGCUGGCAGACUUGCUGGAGUCAUAUGAGUUCCCUCGGGAUAUGCUUCUGCCGGCGAUGGCGCAGAUUGCAGGCCAUGCAGAAGGUGAUCUUAAGAUGGGGGCUCAGCUUGCGCGGCUUCAAGCUGCAAUGGAGGGGCAAGUGCAGACUAGUGUGCAUAUGGAAGUGGGUCAAAACGGAGACAGAACAGAUUCCUCUGAAAGGGGUGUUAACCUUCCAUGGUUUGUAGAGUGAGGUUUUGACCCACUGCCAUAUUCCCCCCGCUCCACAGGCAGGGUUUUAAAGGGGCCAAAUGACUGGUCCCUAUUUUCGCAGCACAUCCUCAUCCAUUUUAGUGUUGAGGUGCAAAGCUGGUUGGAUCAGGGCCUUUCUGGUUCUAGG